UUUGAUCUUUGACUCUACUGUGUAGCAGCAGCAGCUGUGUGGUGCAGCAUAUUUUUUGACGAGCUUUGGCUAAUUCCAGCGCUACUUUUCAGAUUUUGUUGUGGGUACCGGGAAGUAAUAAAAUGACAACUGUGGAGCUGAAGGAUGCUAAACCUGCUGCAGAUCCGAUUUUCACCUACGAACGUGACGAUACCCCCCUCGUAAUUGACAAUGGAUCUUACCAGUGUCGAGUGGGAUGGGCUACAAGUCAUGAGCCCAUGAUGAUUUUCAAGAAUCUUAUUGCUAAACCAAGAAAAGAGCGGGGUAAGAAGGAUGGUGACACCCAAGUGGGUAACGACAUUAGUAAUGUUGAAGCUGUUAGAUUUCAACUGAAGACACAAUUUGAUCGAAAUGUAGUCACUCACUUUGAGGCACAGGAACAGAUUCUAGAUCAUAUUUUCACACAUCUUGGGAUUGACACUGUUGGAUGUGUGGAUCAUCCAAUUGUUAUGACAGAAGCAUUUCUAAAUCCAAACUACUCAAGGCAGUUGAUGUCAGAAUUACUCUUUGAGUGCUAUGGUGUGCCCAGUGUUUGCUAUGGAGUAGAUGCACUGUUUGCUCUGAGCCGAAAUGGUGAAACUGCAGCUGAUGCUACAGUGCUAGUUGUAAACUGUGGGCACAAUACCACUCAUGUGCUGCCAGUAGUGAAUGGUACCGUUGAUGCGGGACAUGCACGGCGUCUGAAUCUUGGAGGUAGCCAGAUCACAAGUUACUUGCACCGGCUCCUUCAGUUAAAGUAUCCAGGUCACCUGAAUGCCAUAACACCCAGCCGUGCAGAGGAGAUAAUCCACAGAUUUGGUAGUGUAGCAUCGGACUACACUGAGCAACUUUCUCUGUGGGCUGACACAGAUUACUAUGAAGAAAAUGUCAUCCGCAUUCAACUUCCUUACACAGCACCACCUGCACCAACAGGUCUUACACCAGAGCAACAACGUGAACGCCGAAAGGAGCUGGCCCGUAGACUCACAGAGAUAAACGCUAGAAAGCGUGAAGAGAGGCUUGCUGAAGACGAGGAGCAGUUAAAUCAGCUAAUGGCCAUCCAGGAUUUGAUAGAAGAAGGCGAGGAAGAAGAAUUCAAGAAAGCCCUGGCAUCAUAUGAGCUUGAAAACCUGAAUGAACUGCUGAAAAUGAUAUCGCAGCUGCAGAGUAGAAUAGAAAAAACACGGCAGAAAAUAGUGGCAGCUAAUACCUCUGAAGAUCCUCUUGAGGAACCAAAGGCAAAAUUUCCAAAGACCACAUUUCAGCCCAAAAAUGAGGAAGAGCAUGUGUCUUGGAUUGAGAGCUUAAGAUUGAAGAGGAAGGAGAUGCUAGAGAAACGGGCCGCUCGACGACAGAGAAGACAAGAUUUGGCUCGCCGACGAACUGCUGCAGCACAGGAGCGCAUGAGACUCAUUAGCCAACUGGCUCGGAAGGACAAACGUGAGGACACAUUUGGCAUGCGGGAUGAAGACUGGGAUGUGUACAAGGCAAUAAAUAAGGAAGGGGGUGACUCAGACAGUGAUGAGGAACAGAAACUGAUGGAGGUUGAAGAAUUACUUCGGCAACAUGAUCCCGAUUUUGAUGGAGGGGCUGGCAGUGGAGGAAGUGAUGAUGCAGCUGAAACUCAUCAACUCCAUCUUGGUGUAGAGCUGCAACGAGCCCCCGAGUUGCUUUUCCAGCCUUCAAUGCUGGGCUCUGUGGAAGCGGGUCUGGCAGAAAUGACGGAGUAUGCUUUACGUACCUACUCUCCUGAAAUACGCUCCUCUCUCAUCCGUAAUGUCCUGCUGGUUGGAGGAUGUGCCCAACUCCCUGGACUUGCACAACGUUUCCAUAGAGAACUUGUGGAAGUUAGCCCAUUUAAGUCUGUGGUCAAUGUACGUGUGGCAGUGGACCCCGCCUUGGAUCCAUGGUAUGGUGCGAGAGAUUUUGCGGCUUCUGAGCUACUUAAAGAAGCUCUUGUAACACGUCAGGAUUAUGAAGAACGAGGUGGUGAAUUCUUACGUGAACAUGCUGCUUCAAAUCCAUUCUUUCCUUCACCAACAGCAGUUUCUGCUGGUGAAUCUUCGUCAGUAACAGCGGUUGAUGAGGUGGAUGGAGACAGCAGUCAGUGUAGAGAUGUAUAAGUGCUAUUGCAUUGCACUUUUAUAAAGCAGUUUUUGUUACUUGGCAUUCUCAAACAUUAAAUGCUAUAU